UAUCACAACUGUAUUUAGUCAUGCUCAAACUGUCGUAUUGUGUGGAUCUUGCGCUAAUGUUUUGUGUCAACCAACUGGUGGUCGUGCUCGUCUAACUGAAGAGUCGCAUGAUUUUGAAAUCGGGUAUCCCGGUGAAAAUGGUUGCAUAUAUUACCCUUAUAAACAACCUCAUAAAAAUGUAGCUGAUGUUACUUUCAAAUUUAAUUGUGAUG